CUAGACGCAUAGAGAAGAGAGCCUCUUUGGCAUUCCAUUAGUUAUCGAAUUUAUCAUCUCCAGUGGUAACUAUACUGGAUGCUCUUUCUGAUACUUUUAUAUUAAAUAUGUUAAAAGAAGAAUAAUAUAUAAUAUAAUGUCUCGCGCGAGCUCGGGCUCAAUGGCCUUCAUCAUGACAGGUACUCGAACAAAAGCUAUUCUUCUCUUGUGUUUAGCUCUUUUCAAUGCCUCCCCAGCUAAAAGCCGGUCCAAUUCUACAAGUCGAAGCGUUCAGGAUUCUAACGAGAAAGUUUUUAACGUGUUAGACUAUGGCGCAAAGAUGGGUGACAAGGAAGUUCGAACUGAAGAUGGGGAAGAUGGUAACCGCGGGGCAUUCGUUCACGCGUUUCAAGCAGCAUGCCAACAUCCGGGGAAAGCGAGGCUUAUUAUACCCAGAGGGACUUUUGUUGUUGGUCCAGUAACAUUUAUGGGGCCAUGCAAGAACACAGCUCCACUAUCUGUUCACAUUCAAGCUACCAUUAAAGCAAGCACUGAUAUUUCUUUAUACCCUGGAGAAGGAGAAGAAUGGAUCAAUUUCAACGGCAUAAAUGGGUUGAUAGUUACUGGAACUGGCACUUUGGACGGCCAAGGUCCCGCCGCUUGGAAGUACCGUGACUCAGGAAAAAGCAACGAUGAUCCUGGACAACGUCUCCCGGCGAAUAUACUAUUUUUUAAUGUGCAAAACGCAAUUAUAAGAGGAAUAACAUCCCUUAAUAGCAAAGGGUUCCAUUACUUCAUUACUCAGUGCCAGAAUAUUAGGCUUGCAAAAAUUCGUAUCACUGCUCCGGCCGACAGCCCUAACACAGACGGCAUUCAUAUUAGCCAAUCCAAUUCGGUGAACAUAUCCAAAAGCGUUAUCGGAACUGGAGAUGAUUGUGUUGGUAUGAUUCAAGGAUCCAACAACGUUACUAUCAAAAAGGUAACUUGCGGGCCUGGACAUGGAAUAAGUGUUGGCAGCCUCGGCAGGUACAAAAAUGAGGCAGAUGUGCAAGGGAUCAUUGUCAAAGAUUGCACCUUAUUAGGCACAGACAAUGGCCUUCGAAUCAAAACAAAUGUCGGGAAAACUCCAAGUCAAGCUAGAAGUAUGGUUUUUCAGAACAUCCUCAUGAGGAAUGUUAGGAAUCCGAUCAUCAUAGAUCAAUUUUAUGAAAGCGAACAUAAGGAUUCAAUAAUAAAGAUCAGCGAUAUUCGUUUCAUAAACAUUACAGGGACCUCAGUCUCGGAAGUUGCAGUGGAUUUGGCAUGCAGUAAGCAGACUCCAUGCACAGAUGUUCACCUCAGCAACAUUAAUUUGCGUUACAGUGGAAACCAGAGCAAUGUGCCAUUCUCAUCUUCAUGUCUUAAUGCUCAAGUUGGGUAUCAUGGAACGCAAUUUCCACCACCUUGCCGUUAGGGUUCCUCUUACAUAUCAUAUAGUUUCAGUUAAUUAAAAUCACCCUGGUUAAAUUUGUAUUUGGCUGGGUAGAGAUGAUUAAACAUUUCGGGUCUAGCUUCAGAAAGUAUAAUUUUGUAGUACAAUUUUUGAAGAAUUAAUUAAAAA